AAGUAAUGUCGAUGUAACGGUGCGAAUAAAAUGUCGGACAUUAAUAUUAACAAAACCAAUCAAAUAUGAAUACAGUGUAAGCUUCGAAAUGUCUUUAAACCAAGAUCAUAAGAACUACCAGUUCAUAUCAUAAGAACUGCGUGCCAUAACUACACCGCAGUACAAUAAUGGCAAAGAACCAAAUUAAUAAUGUGAUGCAAGGGAAUUAUAUAAAAAGAAAUUUACUCGAAAAUUAUUGUGACAAUAAAGAAGAUUUAGCUGAUCAUUCCGUCUGUUCGUGUAAGGAAUGUGAUUCAACUGAAUGUUUUGCAAUACGAAGUGCUUUCUCCAGUAAUGCCCGCACUUGCAAAGAGUGCAAGCAGUUUAAAAAUAAUAUUAAUCGGGCUAAGGAAAACGCACUGAAGAAUAAAACAAUACUGAUAUCUGAAUCAUCCAAAAACAUUAAUUCUUCUAAAGAAAUGAUUACUAAGCAUACUGGAAACGAUUCCAGUUGGCACAAAUUAGUUAAAUCUGACGUUUGUCAUGACAGCGAAACUUAUGAAGUCAAACUGAAAAAUCAUACAGGUUCUUACUUUUCGGAUAUAAGAAAAAAAUGUUCAAGCAUCCAUAUUCCUACCGCUGAGCCGCCGGUCGUGAACAAUACAACAGCUGAGCUCAGUGCGCAAAUCAUCUUGGAUGGUUUAAAUGACUAUCCGACUGCACGUAGUCUUUUAACUAAACCCGCAACUGAAACAAAGCCUGAUAUAUUUACUCGCCUCCGAAACGUUUACAAGGAGUGCAGCUGCAAAAUAUGCGAAUGCAUUUCUGUAAAGCCUUUCUUAUCCUCAAGAGAUAACAAUACAAAAAUAUGCUCGUGUAAGUCUUGCUAUUGCGACGAUUGCAAAAUUAGUUUUGCUUCCAACGAUUUGUUACAUAAGAAACUAGGCGAACCAGAAUUUAAUCCUGUUUAUAGCAACAGAAAGAACAAUCGUUACCAUUUCAAUUCAAGUGCUUGUACAUGUUCGCCCUGCCAAUGUAUUCAGUGCAAGUUAUCAGGCAUACAAAUAUCGACAACGCACACUGUUGCGCAGGCUGAAUAUUCUGUACAACAUAAUACUUGUGAUUGCUCCCCUUGUGAAUGUUCUAACUGUACCCACAAUUACAACAACACUUCCAAUCUACACGGAAGAUCUAUAGCAACCGCUACACAAGAAUUUUGUCCUUGUGAAAUUUGUACAAACAAUAUGUGUAGUAGCGGAACGAACUGUCUUUGUGAAACUCAGAAUAGUGUGAUGAGGAAACCAAUAAAAAGAGAUCAUGAUGAGUACGACAUAAGGAGGUUGUAUAUCAAUAAUUUGUCAUCUCCACACAGGAACGCCGCAAGAAAAUAUGAUGUGUUCUAUAUGCAAGACGAGGGCAAUACAAAAGCGAAAAUUUGUGCGCACAAAUCUGAUUCAAAAAAUAUUCUUAGGGAAAAAUCUGACUCUGCAUCUCCACUACAUUGCGACAGUCAGGACUAUCCAAGCGUAAGGAUAAAUUCAAAGAAGCUUCCUCCUGACUGUGAACUCCUUAAUUGCAGGUUUCAGAAUGAUGAUUACCAUGCGCCAAUAUUUGGCAAUAGCCUUAUCUAUUGUAACUCCAACAUUGAAAUAAGUAACCAAUGCAAUUGUAUUGAGUGUGAAUGCAUCACGUGUCAGGCUCGUUUAGGAAAGGGCAACUUUGAUAGAAAGAUGAUAUCAUACUGUAAAAGUAAUAUACCAACAAAAAUAUCCAAUUCUUGUGAUUACAAACCUUGCGAAUGUUAUAUUUAUAGAAAACAUUGUAAUGGAUCAGAGAAAUGUGUAUGUAACGUUUGUGACUGCAUGAAUAGUAAAGAUAUAGAUACCUCAAAUAGAAUCUAUUUAAAUAAUGUUACACGUUAUGCUAGCUUUAUAACACAUAAAAAGGAAAAUGUCACAAGCAAAUCAUGUGAAUCUGUGGAUUGCUCGAAAAUGAAGAAAUCUCCUAAACUCGUAAAUACAUUCGAAACUUUUGAAAAUGAAGCUCAAUUCGAAAAUAUCAAGAGCGAUUUUAAAGAACAAUCACUUUCAAUUUUAGGAGAAUCGCAAUAUAUAACUAUUAUGGAACCAAGUGCGAUUAAGCAAACUAAGGAAAUAUCAUAUACACCAGUUUCCCCGGUUUUUUCACGUAACUUUUUUGACUGUAAUAGAGUUGCCGUGGAGCAUGAUAUUGAUUCUGAUUUAUACAUAAGUGCAAGAAGUUCCAUUGUUUAUUGCUCGCGAGAUAAAAUAAUAGAUACACCAAUAUCUGAUAGCGAACGCUUACGUAAAGUAUCCUCAUUACUGAAUGAAAUUUCUUUAUAUAGUGACCUUCACACUAUAGAAAAAAGGGGAUCGGUAUCAAAUGAAAUGUCUUAUGAAAAAGACGCACCGAAGAACUAUUUAAAAAUAACUGAGCAAGACGUAACCCUUCCCAUGUUAGAUGAUUGCAACAAUUUAAUCAUCAAUACAAAUGGUAAGUCUGUAAAUGACAGUAACAAUCCCAGUUCUACACAGAUCGAAAAACAGAGCAAUAAUUUAGAAACAAAAAGUAAUAUUGGCAAUAAAAAUACAAACUGUCUAAUGAACGUUUUUUGUACGCAAGAAUAUAAUUUAAAUUAUAAGAAAAUUGAGAAUACCUUGCGCGAGGCACAGAGUUUUUCAAAUCGACUAAAUGUAAUUUUGGAUACAUACGAGAAUGCGAAUAAAAACUUUGUCAGUGUGUCACAGAGCUUAAAAAAUAGUUACGAAGCAAUAACUCUCGGUGUCAAUGCAACCCACUAUAGAAAAAGUGUUGAAAAUUGGGACGAUGAUUGGAGACCUAGAAGUGAAUUCAAAAAAAUUACUAAAUACGACAAAAAUAAUAAAAAUUCAUUAAAUAAUGCAAAUAGAAGACAAAAGUUGGUAAAUUCAGAAUAUACUAAA